UUGUUUUGUACGAAACGGAUCAUGUGAAACAACAAAAACCAAAAACAAUCCAUUGAAAUCUAUCUAUCUGUUCCACCAAAAGCCCUUUUCCCACACCGCAUCCACCGGCCCAUCUCCGAUCAGAUCUGUUCCCUUUUUCUCUAGAUCUCCCCACCAACGUAUAUCAAAUAAAGAAAACAACCCUUCGACUGUUACAAUCUAAAAACUUCCUCGCAUUUAUGCAGAAUUCUUGCUUCCAAAUGCUCAAUCAUGAGCAUUUUCGCUGAAGAAAUCGCUGAGAUUGGUAAGGUUUGUGCAUCGAUUUCGCUGAAAUGGGAUCGGCCCACUCCGUGCAAUUAGCGGAGGAAAGAGAGGAGGAGGAGGAGGAGGAAGAAGAAGACGACGAUGAAGAUGAUGGUGAUGAUAAUGUCGAGCCUGCCAGAGCUGAAUUGGGUAACUAUUUGGUGAAGAAGGUUAUCGAGCAGGAGCCGGAGAUGCUACCUUGUCACGCAUUAGCCUCGCCGUUGUCGCCUCAGCCUUCCUCCAUUGGUACACCACGAUUGGGGCCGGCGAUCAAAGUUUGGGACCCGUAUAACGUCUUGGCGCCACCGCCGCAGCUGCCUCCUCCACCGAUGUUCACUCGGAGCUUCUCGUCCAGUUCGAUUGACGACGAUCGGGUGGUUAUGGAGGUUUUUCUGAUUAGCCAUGGGGAGUGCGAGUUAAAUUUGAGGUCAGACUUGGUCGGCGGGCGAUGCCCUGAGGCGGGUUUGACUCCGAAAGGGAAGCGGCAGGGGAGAGCGUUGGCGGUGUUCUUGAAAUCUCAGGGUGUUCGUUUCAAUGCCGUGUAUUCGUCUCCCUUGGAUCGGGCCCGAUCUAUGGCAGUUUCCGUUUGCCAGGAAAUGAAUUUUAUGGAGGAACAAAUACAAAAUUCGGAUGCCCUUACAGAGAUGAGUCAGGGACACUGGGAGCGUUGCCUUCGGUCUGAAAUAUAUACACCUGAAACAUUGAACUUCAUUGAUAGAAUUCAACCUGACUUCUCUCCACCAGCUGGAGAAUCACUAAGGCAGGUUGAAUUUCGUAUGGUUCAAUUUCUUAAUGGAACCAUCUUGGAACUUCCUGAAAAGUUGAGGUCAGAUGUUUUAUUGCACCGUCCUAAUGAUACACUUCAAAUGUCACACGAACUAACCAAUUCAAUUCGCGAUCGAGAUGGGCAUUCUCUCCCAUCCCCACAUUGGGAUUUGCCUCAUAGGCAGCGACAGGGGAUCACAAGAAGAAAGUCUGGCAAAAGUAGGCUACAAACUGUAACUAGCACGGGAGAACAUGAUGUUGAAGAGGAGGUCUCACCUCAUGAUGCCACUCACCAAAGUACAUUAAAUGAUCUAAGUAUCAGGAACUCUUCCUCUUGUACGACUUGUAUAGGCAUCUUCACGCAUGCAAUUCCAAUUAAAUGCCUCCUCACCGGCCUCCUCGAAUGCAGCUUGGUAAUGCUGCACAAGUUUUGCAUUGAAGAUUCAUCUGUGACUGUUUUACAGCAUUCACUAAAAUCGGGCUGGCAGAUAAAAACAUUGAAUGAUACUGCACACCUCAGGCUUCUCUAAUGAAAGCAAUUCCACUUCCCUACUGAUCGAUUCCAAUGCCAUAAGAGGAUCUGUUAUCACAAAAUGGCCAAAGCUGCCAUUUAUAUAAUUUUUGGAUUGAAUUUUCUCUUUAAUCCUUUUCCUCGUGUCUUUUGCACUAGCGGGCUAUAUUCCUGAAUCUCUGUUGUAAUCAUUUUAGUAUUUAUGAUAGAUUCAACCCACACACCUCUCACAAAAAUAUGGAAAAGUGAAAGUUGCUGUAUCAAGUGAUUCUUUUGAUAUGUACCAUUUUAUCAUUGAUCUUAUAUAAUUUGAGCUCUGCAUACAGGCACGAUCUCCUCGUGAAAGCAGGUCAGUAUUGCAGCUCGAGACGAAUGGAAAUCUAUUUGGUUGUUUAUUUUGAUCAGAAAA